UAGCAAGCCCAUUUCACACUUGUACCAUUCACCCGCAAGAAACAACCCCAGCAUCCCGGUGUGUAAUUUCAUCAACCAGUUUGUGUUCGCGCGAAUAGAAAGAUGGAGAACGAGGGAGAAGCGCAAAACAACGAGACAAACAAGAAGAGUUCCGUAGUCAUAAGAAUCCCGUCCUAUCAAGAAGUGGUUGAAAGUUCUCAAUCCAGAUCAACUCCACCCUCUCUCUUCGUUCCCUCUCAAACUUUUUCCCAAGCCUUUGCGUUCGUCAAAUCCUCAGAGUUCUACUCUCCACCACCUUCACUUCCAAAGGAAACUGUUCAAUCGAAUGCUUCAUCUUCAACACCGCCACCAUCAUCUGCAACUACUACUGCUCCUGUAGCUUCAUCAAAAAUACCAAACUCUCAACCUACUCAAAAUCGCAAUGCAAUUCUUGUGAGCAACAGACAGAAGGGAAAUCCGUUGCUCAAAUAUAUUAGGAAUGUUAGAUGGACUUUUGCGGAUGUUGUUUGUGAUUUCUUGCUUAGCCAAACCUCAUGUGCCCUCUAUCUCAGUCUUCGGUAUCAUCUGCUUCAUCCAGAUUAUUUAUAUUACAGAAUACGGGAGUUGCAGAAAAAUUUCAAGCUUCGUGUAGUUUUAUGCCAUGUUGAUGUGGAGGAUGUAGUGAAGCCUCUACUUGAAGUUACAAAAACAGCUAUGCUUCAUGAUUGCACCCUCUUAUGUGGGUGGAGCCUAGAGGAAUGUGGCCGUUACUUAGAGACCAUAAAAGUCUACGAAAACAAACCUGCAGAUAUUAUUCAAGGCCAAUUGGAUUCAGACUAUCUAUCACGGCUAACACAUUCCCUAACAACAGUUCGGCAUGUCAACAAGACUGAUGUAGUUACUCUUGGUACCAACUUUGGGUCUCUAUCUAACAUAAUGGGUGCAUCUAUGGAAGAUCUAGCUCGUUGCCCUGGCAUAGGAGAGCGCAAGGUCAAGCGCUUGUUUGACACUUUCCAUGAACCGUUCAAGCGUGUGGAGUCCAGCCGGCAAGCCAUUCCAGAGACUUCUGUCCUGAAUAAGCCAGCUAGUCCAGAUGCAUCUUUUAGGAACAAUGCUGAGGCUUCCUCUUCUAUUGAAGACAAACAGAAGGAUGUAGACAAUGCAAGCAAACGUAGCAAGAAAGAACCUGGACUUACUGUCAAAUCUGCCCUUUCCGAAGCCUUUGCCAAAUUAUCUGAGAGAGCUGGAAAGAGGAACAUCACUUCAAAAUCGAAGGAGAAAGAAGAUCCAAUUGCUGUCAGAGAAUCAGAUGCUGAAACGUAAAAUUGCCCCUGAUCUUAUCAAUGGUUGUCAAAUAGUUAUUCCUGGAACAAGAUACUCUUGUGAGAUUUAGAGGGUUAAUCUCCAUGAAUUAAAGCCAAUGGUGUUCUGUGAGAAGUUGGAUAAGGGAAACGACUAUACUAACUAACUGAAGGGGUAAUUAGUUGGUUGUAAUAUGAAAACUGGACCUUUAAUUGACUAGGACAAGCUUUAACUUAACGGGAAUGAAGAGAAAGGGGGCUUACAGGAUAUAACACUAAGAAUAUGGAAGAUUGGAUUUAAUUUAUGGUUAUUGAGACGGAGAGCCUAUAAAAAUUCUUGGGUUGAGAGACAUUCUCAUCUUCUGUAUAUACUGUUUACCUCGUCUCCUUGAUUCUAAAAUCACAUUGAUUCAGAGUUGAGGGGAAGAGCUUCAUCAAUAAUAGUUUCCAUUGUUGUAUAUCACAAACAUUCAGUUGUUUGAUUGUUUCUAUCAGUUUUAGACAAUUUUCUGAACCAGACUAUCAAGGGUUCUGGAAUUUAUAAUCUUACCACAGGUUACUAUAUACUAGUAAUAACCACAUAAUAUUUGACAAAGCAAACAAGUUAUUUAAAAAUUGUAUCUCCUUAUGAUCUA